AUGUUUGGUCUCAAGUUCCUGACGUUGGCCACCGCCACCAUUUUCCUGCUGGACACCAACACAGCAAACGCAGCUGAAAACACGGCAAAGCGGGUGGACUGCUCGGCGUCAAUGAACGAGGCCCGCAAACUUGUCGGCUUCGCCGAAUUCACAGUGGGAGAGACUACAGAGGAAAAGCUCCCAAUAGACCCGGUUUCCAAAACAGCGGGGGCAACCCCGGCGACAUACGUCGAGUCCGUCUGCACGGCGUUGAAAGCUAGCGAAGCCUCUCCUGCAAAGUCAGGCGCGCUUGAUGGCACCUACGCUUACGCUGUUCAAGAAGGAACCGAUGCUGACUGCGAAGCCGCAGUGGACCACUGGAAGGCUGGCCUCUCCAACUUCAAGAGCCUACCUCCGGAAUACACAGAAGAGACGGAGCUGUACAAAAACCCUCAAAACAUUUCCUUCAUUUCCCUUUUCAACCCGAACGAAAACCCCAAAGUUGACUGCGUAUACUUCACCUGCCCAGCAAAAGAAAACAAGCCCAAACAGCAAAGCACCGAUGUUGUUGGGGACACAGGGAGCAAUGGUGAGAAAGACCCCAGUGCCGGCGAGGGCGAUGGGGAUGAUGAAGAAGACCCAGCUGCGGGAGGAGAGAGUGAAACCACAACAGAUAAAGAAGUGAAGGCGCUUCUUUGCAUCACCACCCCCAAUGCCCUGACACAAGGCGCCGCUCCAUACACGCAAGCCCAGUGGGAUCAGAUCACCGCUGGACUCAACAAAAACGCUGCACAUGCAUUGCCUAUUUCCCUUGGCUUUGCUGUUGCAGCAGUUGGCGUUCUCCUCUUCUGA